UUCUGGUGUUGCGCUAAUUGAGUCUUGUUGUUUCUUCUUGUAGGAGAAAAGUUUGAAGCUGUUGUACCUUUCAUGGGUGAAUCUGUAACUGAUGGAACUCUUGCUACCUUCUUAAAGAAACCCGGUGACAGAGUUGAGGCUGAUGAGGCCAUAGCUCAGAUUGAAACUGAUAAGGUCACCAUUGAUGUUUCUAGUCCUGAAGCUGGUGUUCUUGAAAAGUAUAUUGCUAGCGAAGGGGAUACUGUUACUCCAGGCACCAUAGUUGCUAUUGUAUCAAAGUCUGAAGCGAAAGCACCAAAAGUUGAACCUCCGAAGAAGCAAGCACCAAAGCCAACUCCUUCAAAAACCUCCCCUACAGAACCACAGCUUCCUCCAAAAGAACGAGAGCGGCGGGUGCCAAUGCCAAGGCUCAGGAAGCGCAUUGCCAACCGUUUGAAGGAUUCCCAGAACACAUUUGCAAUGCAACAUCAUUUUCUAGCAAGAUGCAUGCUGGAGAUCCUGAAGACAACUCUAGUGAAAUUUUAUGUUUAUAUUGUAAUAACGAGCAUGACUGAGUCUUAUUGCUCCAAGUCACUGUGA